AUGGCGGCCAUGGGAUGAAAACCCGUUUCCUGUAGUUUUAAGAAGUUUGCAAAAAAGGGAUAUGCUGUUUGCUCACAAAAAACCAGUAUCUCCAAUGAAGUUAGGAACGUUGGUGUUGCAGUCUCUUGAGGAUGAGCCUCAGUUGGUGCAAGCCUGUUUUCAUGGGGAUCCAGAUGAAGUUCGUGCAUUGCUGUACAAGAAGGAAGAUGUCAAUUAUCAGGAUACAGAGAAGAGGAGCCCUUUACAUGCGGCUGCGUACUGUGGUGAGGCGGAAAUUGCAGACCUGCUGAUAAUGAGUGGAGCUCGAGUAAACACAAAGGACAAUAAGUGGCUGACCCCCCUUCACAGGGCCUGCUGUUCCAAAAGUGAUGUCAGUUUUCACAGAGCUGAUACCGUGGAAACCUUACUGCGACAUCAAGCAGAUGUGAAUGCUCGUGACAAAAACUGGCAGACCCCUCUACACGUGGCUGCGGCAAACAAUGCAGUGCGCUGCGCGGAGUAUCUGAUACCACUUCUGACAAAUGUCAAUGUGUCGGACCGUGCUGGGAGAACCAGUUUACAGCAUGCUUCAUUCAAUGGUCACAAAGAGAUGGCCAAACUGCUUCUUGAGAAAGGUGCCACAAUUAAUGCGUUUGAUAAGAAGGAUCGGAGGGCCGUUCACUGGGCAGCUUACAUGGGGCACACGGAGGUAGUUCGUAUGUUGGUGGAACAUGGCGCUGAGCUCAACUGUCGAGAUAAACAGAUGUAUACGCCUCUACAUGCGGCCGCCUCAAGUGGACAGGUCAGUGUGGUCAAGCUUCUCCUGGAGCUCGGUGUGGAGGUGGACGCUGUCAAUGUCCACGGUAACACAGCCCUGCAUAUUGCGUGUCUGAACGGACAGGAUGUGGUGGUGACUGAAUUGUUACAGUACGGAGCCUCGAUCAACGCUGUCAAUCACCGGGGGAUGACCCCCUUACACUAUGCUGCAUCUUCGACACAUGGAGGGAUUUGUUUAGAAAUCUUAGUAACAGAAGGAGCGAACACAAAAACACAGUGCAUUGAUGGGCGUUCCCCUUUGCAUAUGACUGCAGUGCAUGGUAGAUUUACUCGAGCACAGACUCUACUCGAGCACGGGGCAGAUAUCGACGUCUGUGAUAAGUUUGGGAACACACCCCUUCACAUAGCAGCGAGAUAUGGGCACGAGUUACUGAUCAACACACUACUCGAGAACGGGGCCGACCCUGUGAAACGAGGGACCAGUGGAAUGUUACCUGUUCACAUCGCAGCUUUAAAUGGCCAUGUUGACUGCGUGAAGAAAUUAUUGACCUCUAUGGUGGAUUUGGAAAUUGACAUUACGGAUGACUUUGGCAGAACCUGUCUCCAUGGAGGGGCGUGUAGUGGAAGAGUGGAGGUGGUGGAUCUAUUGUUGAAGAUGGGAGCAGAUGUCCUUUGUGCGGAUCAUGAAGGAAGGGUGCCUCUACAUUAUGCCAGUGCUCACACUCAUGGUCAGUGUGUGGCAUCCUUGAUCAAUGCAGGUCGAGCAGCGGUCAAUAUCACAGACAGACGGGGCUGCACACCCUUACAUUAUGCCUCGGCUUGGGACCACGAUGCAAAAGUUGUGGAACUGCUACUGAAGAAUGACGCCAGGCCUAGUAUCAGGGACCACGAGGGGUUCAAUACUCUACACUAUGCAGCAUUGAAGGGACACAGACUGACACUAGAAAUGUUAUUGGACUGUGCAUCGACAGAUUUAAUACGGAGUGGGGCUCCCUUGUCUCCGGCCCACAUAGCGGCUUACAAUGGGCAUAAUGAAGCUUUGCAUAUACUCCUGGGAUGCAUCAUGAAUCUGGAUAUACGAGACUCGCACGGGCGAACCAUGCUUGACCUAGCCUGUCUUCAAGGUCAUGCAGAAUGUGUGGAGACACUCUUACUUCAAGGAGCCACCAUUCUGGUCCAGGACAGCACCACCAGAAGGACGCCACUUCACUCCGCUGCUAUGAAUGGGCAUACGGAAUGUUUACGGUUGCUAAUGGAAACUGCCGAGGACAGCAAUAUCGUAGAUUGUACAGAUGUGUAUGAAAGGACUCCUCUGAUGAUGGCAGUGGCCAAUGGACAUGUUGACACUGUACUGUACCUCAUAGCAAACGGUGCCAUAGUGAAUGCUAAAGACAGCCAAGGCAGAACCUCCUUACACAGGGGGAGUGCAAAUGGUCAUGAGGAGUGUGUAGAUGCCCUCCUACAUAAUGGUGCUGACGUUACAGUUCGGGACCACCGCGGAAGGGUAGCCACGUACCUGGCUGCUACCUGUGGACAGGUGUCCAUACUCUCUAAUCUCCUGACGAUGGGCCCGAGCAGUAGUAAAUCAGAAGAUCUUCUAGGAUAUACACCUCUACACAUAGCUUGUUAUAAUGGUCAGGACAAUUGUGUGGAAGCCAUUAUCGAACAAGAUAGGAUAACAGAGUUUUCAGGGAACACCUUCUCACCUCUUCAUUGUGCUGUGAUAAAUGGAAAUGAUACUUGUACAGAGAUUUUAUUAGAAGCUUUAGGUGAUAAAAUAGUAAACUUAACGGAUGGCAAAGGGAGAACUCCCUUGCAUGCAGCUGCCUUCAGUGACCAGUGUGAGUCUAUGCAAAUGUUACUUAACCAUGGAGCCCUGGUGAACCAUUGUGAUACCACAGGGAAAUCUCCCAUCAUGCUGGCUGCGGCUAAUGGCCAUGCUGCAGCAGUAGGGCUUUCCUCGCUGUGUGAAUUAUUAUUAGAGCAAAAUGCUGAUCUGUCUUUAACCGAUGGUGAGGGAAACUCCUGCCUACACUUUGCCUGCUCAAGGGAACAUGAAAACGUGGCACUUCUUCUCUUAGACAAAAUUAGUGAUUCCAACAUCUGUAAUAUAGCAAAUAGUGAACUCAAAACACCAUUGCAUAUAGCAGCUAAAUAUGGUUUAACUCCAGUUGUUCAAGAUCUUAUCACAAAAGGCAGCAGUGUUUUUGCUCUAGAUGAAAAUGGCCACACUCCGGCCUUGGCAUGCGCUCCCAAUAACCGUGUGGCCGAUUGUCUGGCCAUCAUUCUUGCUCACAUGCCUCUUGCCCCCACCCCUAACAACGUGUAUCCCCGGACCAGUCGAUACGACAGCAGUACGCCUAACAAUACAUUUGGGGGAACUAGAUCACUUGAACCAACUGGGGACCAGAUUAGCAUAGGAAGUCCAUCAAGUUCUGUACAAGAUGUCAAAGAACACUCAGGGUCAUAUCAAAGCUCUGACUCGGAGUUCUACUGAAAUCAUUGCAGGAUUCAGCUGGAGUAGGAAUCGGACAAAUCCUGGUGUGAAAAUGUCUGGCUUAUGUGGAAAUUUCCAAUGACCGCUAUGAAGUCACUAUGUAUGCACAGGGGACCAAUUUUCACCAAAUAUCAGUGUGUGUGAUGUCUUACCAGGCGUUGGGUCUUGUGUCGUUGUUUGUUGCAGAUUUAAGCAUAGACAUAAACUCCACAAAAAUUUGGUCACUUUGGAAGCAAAGCGUAUGGUUUGAUUGAGAAUUUCAGCCAUAAGAUCUUGUUCAUUUGACCACCCAAAGUAAUUACCGAUUUUGCUUUCACCUUGGUGCUUCAGUACCUUCUUGAGCUUAUGCAAUCUAUCAAAUCUCAAAAAAUUCAAUUUAGUUCUUAUGAUCUGUAGGCUUAAUAGAGCUCUUUUUGAUCAAAGUUUGUUUGGCGUUUUAUUUGAUGUUAAAUUUUCAAUGCCGUCUUCUUAACUACUAUCCCAAUUUCAACCAAACUUGGCACAAGGUAUCUCUGAAUAAAUGGGCUUCAGUUUCGUUGACUGAAGGGGCUACACAUUUUCCCAUGGAUAGUUAGAAAUAUUAAGAGUACCACAGAAUCAAUGGAAAGAGGUCUUAGCUUCUCUACAGUGGAGAAACAAAUUCUUUUUUUCGCGUUGUGUCUCCUUGGUCCGCAACAGGGAUUCGAAGUUAAACAUUGGAUUGCGUAGGAUAUGAUUUUGUCAGAAGAUCUACAGGUAAUUUUUAUAGUGUACAAAUCAUGCCCCUUAUAUCAGAAAGAAACCACAAAAAGUUUUUCAAAUUUUUACAUUGGAAUAUAUGUUUUAUAGGGAAAAGGUGUGAAAACAAAAAAAUUCUCAAGAACAAUAGUUACAAAUUUCCAAAUCAUUAGAUUCAGUUUUGUUGAAAACUCUCUCUCUUUCUCUCUCUCUGUAUGAGCAAGGUGAUGCUUGUGGCCCGAUUUCUUGUUUAAUCUGACUUUAAUCUUUUAAGAUUAGAAAAAUGAUACUGUGAUAUGUGGUACCUAUAUGAUGGGUCAGCCAGGGGAGGCUUUAAAAUGAAUAUCUCAAUAAUCAUAUAGGGAUAUUGAAGUUCUGCAAAGAAUCAUGGUUAAUAUUGUUUCAAACAUUUUAACAUUUGUCAAGUGAGUUGUAUGUGGUGGUGAUGUGUUGUUUAUGGUAGUGGUGAAUGACGGGAACACACGACGUGCUGUAAAUGAUAUAAUGUCUACCUCAUGAAAGAUAAAGUUUGGGAGAUUCAUAAUUCUAGGAAAAUUUAAGCAUUACAAAAUGGUAUCUACAAUACGUUACUGAUAAGACUGGCUUCCCCAACGGGUACAAACAGAAAUAUCUAAUAUGCAGUUUGUUCAGAUGAUGGAAGCUGGCGAAGAUAGAAUGGUUUUUGUGUUUUAAUCUGCUUUACAAAUCAAGUGUUCAUGUUCUAUUAUGUCAAUUGAAAAUUACACACACACACACACAUGCAAGCACACAAAUAUAUACCACUAUAUAUGUAAUUAUAUACACGAAUUUGAAUGAUUUAAAAAUUCAUGUACAUUACCUAGAAAGCUGUCUUUUAAGAAAGGACUGCACAUGCCGGUGCAAAAUGUAUAAUAAAUUUGUGUCUCACAGACAUACCGUAUACUUUAACGCGAUGUACUUUAAUUUUUACAAUUUAUUUAACACAUUAUAUAUUAUACAUAUAUUAAAAAGGGCUCUUGUUUAAUAAUUUGAUCUAUAGAGACUUUACUGUUGUUUUAUUUAAAAUUUUCAUUUUUAUAACGUCUCAUUAAUUCAGUAUUUAAAUAUCAACAAUGAUUGCCAUUUGAUAUCAACAUAUAAAGAUAUAGCAUAGGAUAUUAACACACGUGACCCUCCAUUAAUAACUUGGUGCAUGCACAUCUCGGAGAAACCAUCAACUUCAAAGUAUAAUAGGGCUAUACAUACACUUACAACUGUAAAUAGUCAUUUAGAUUUUAUUCAUUUAUAUUCAAGGAAUCGAAACGGGCUUGUGUUUGUCCAAGUAGUUUUACCAGUUUGAAUAAUAAUGCGUCUUUAAAACCAACAAUUAGAGGUUUAUGCUUUUUGUAAUUUAUAAGAUAAUUUAUAAACUUGACAUUAAGAUAUUAAAAAGAAAAGGAAUAAAAGGUCUCUUAAAUGUGUCAAUGAUCAAAAACUUGUAAAUGAAACCGGUGUAUAUUUAGACUAAAUUUGUCUAUCCUCUUGACAUAUGCUGACCAAAUGUACAUUUGAAAAUGUUAUUGUAUAUUUUAUUGGGAAUUAUUUUCAAUGAACAUACACCAAAUCUUCUCUGCGUAAUGCUAUUGAAUAUGAUUGAAUCAACCCUUCUAGAAAACAGUUUUCUUUGGUUUAAUAUCACAAUUGGAUAAUGCUGAUAAUUUACUGUUUUAGUUGCCAUGGUUACUGAUGGAGGGUAGUAUUGUAUUUAGAUUAACACAUACAUGUAUGACAUUAACUGUAUUUAUAUUUAGUCUAGCUUGAAAUAUGAUUAUAUAUUGUGCUUUAUUGAAUCUUAUAAGGAUUGGUUGUAAUGUUUCAAAGAUUCAGAAGGAUCACCAGACCAUUAAUUUAUUUUUGCAAAAUUAAAUUCAAAAUCCCAAAUAAGUUUUUUUUUUUCCUUUUAAAAGUUGAUCACUGGAAUUUUUUCCCGAUGACAACAGCUGAUGAAGAGUGCUCGAUGACACUGCAUGUGAUGUCCUGCGUUGUUGAAUUUUUAGAGUUUAAGUAGUUGAAUUUAAGUUGGCUGCCUCAGAUCAGGGAACAGUAUAACUGUAUUUUUCUGCAGCAUAUUUUGUUCAGAGAUAUUAAUGGAAAAGAAAAUUUAUUAUGCAGUAAUACAGUGAAUGCUUAAAUAUUGUUGUGAGAGUUUUUUUUUCUGUAAGCAAGCAACCGAGUAAGUAAAUAAACUAUAAGUGUUCCUUAAAGAAAACCCUCAUUUAAUCGGAAACGACAGUCUGUAGUAUAUGGUUUUGUUAACUUGAUUUUAAAUGUAGAGAGUUGUGAAGUGAUUAAAAAUAUUACAGUGUAAAGUUAAGUGAAUGUUUUAGUAAUAAUUGAGAAGCAGUGAAAAUAUUGUACUUUGAUAUUUUUCUUGGAUAGAGUGAGGAAAGAACUUAUUUUCCACUGUUUUGUCUUAUUUUUGCAGUGUUACAUUUUAUACCAUUGUAGAGUACUGGACAAUUACAAAUAAUAUCAACUUGUGUGUGUGAAAGAGAGAGAGAGGUGGAGACAAUUUACAUUGAUGAUUUAAUAACCAUCUCCAUCCCCCAGUGUGAUUUAUUCUGAUUCAUGACAAUGUGAUUUCUGUGUACUUGUUUAUUGAAUUGAUAUAUAGCUUAAGGAAGGAGAACUUGGUAUCAAAUAUUUUUACUGUUUUCUCAUUAAUGGAAAACUAUGCUUGGUGGACCUAACAUCUAUUUUGUUUGACAGAAAAAAAACCAAUAUCAUGGUUUAGUUUCUAAAAACAGAUGAAAAAUAGAAUGCAUUGCAAAUAAAACAAAUUUAAAUAGUG